AUGACAGAGACUCUAGACUACGGGAUAAUCGACGCUGUGGGCUGGCUGGCCGAUGAAGUUAGUCACAUCCUAGACACACCUCCAAACGAAGAAAUUGAACCCAUAAAGAAGCUGCCACAAAGCUCUAUACCAGCCUGGACGUCUACCAAGAUAAGAACAGGCGAUAUUUCCCUUUCGACUAAAACUCCGAAUUUUCACGUACAAGAAGAGUUAAAUGAAAAGAUUUUCGUUGGACAAGGCAACAUCAUCUGUCUGGAAGUGGAUGCCAUAGUAGUUUUCAUCGACGAAACGAACAAAUACACAUCGCAUCAAGCCAGGCUUAUCCAAAAACAGUCUGGAUGUAUUCUAAACUAUGAACCCAUGUAUAGUAUAAAAUGCACCGAAUGUACAUUAAUUCACGCCUAUAAUAUUGGCUCUCCAAAAGUAGUUUUCGCAAUGAAUUGUAGAUUCUCCAAUAAAUACCCCGAAGCAUCUUCAAACAUUCUAAACACCUGCAUAAGAAAUGCUCUAAAAUGUGCAAUAGAGCAUGGAGUGGAGACGAUUGCAUAUCCUCUGCAAAUCCGAGAAUUCCCAGAUGAACACUAUGUUGAGACUCUCUGCAGAACUCUCAGAAGAUUCCUGGAAAAUGAAACGGUGAAAAAGAAGAUUAAAAAGGUGUUUCUGGUAUAUACACAAGAGGAUAGUUCUCAUGACUGGGAUAGUGCAAAAGAAUAUGUCACGCAGAUGCUCCAAAGGUUCUUCCCUAGAGACGCAUACGAAGAGAGUAUGAGCGCUGAUAUUGCAAGACCAGGAAAUGAAUUGGGGGAGCUGGCAGAUGAAGAACGGAAUAUUAGGAUAGGGGCUGGUUUUGCUACCAGUACCGUUGACCGAGACAGAACAACUUCGCCACUCGUCAACUUUGGAAGCAGUAGUCGAGUUGGAAAUGAACGAAGAAACACAGAGGAGUAUACGUACUACCUAAAGCUUGCCUAUUCUAUUUCAAAGAUGUCCAUAUACAAGAGCAUGAGGGGCAGCAACUUUGUGAGAAUGUCUGGAAAUGACAAGUUCAACAGACCAGUUAUUGUAGUUGAUGCCAGAGAUUACACCUUUAGUGACGAACAUGAGUAUGCGCUGGCGUAUGCCUUGGGGGUUAUCAAUCCGUUCAUCCAGUAUAAGUUUGUUAUCGCUGUACUGCACCUGGAUCACUCAAUCAUCACAUCAACUGCCCUUUUGAGGCUCCUAAGAGACUUGUGCCAUGUAUUUGGUGUACAGAGGACUAAAAAUAUUGCUGGUAUAUACUUUCACAGAUGCGGCUGGGCCCUAAAGGGUUAUCUUGGUAUGAUUUCUGCUUUUCUUCCCACCCAAGUUUGGGAAGCUUCAAUGUUUGUUGACUCCCUUGAGGAACUAAAGGAAUUGAACUUGGGGGCAGAAUGA